UUGAAUUUUCAAUCUGAUCAUGAAGGUAUCGUCUUCGAAUUCAUAUUUAUUAGUUGCAUACUAUUUUAAUGCCCAACUUCAGGCUAACCCAGACCAUCAACCUCAAUAUGGAUACCCAUUUUUUCUUGAUUGUAUUUUCUUUGAUUUUAUCAUCUCUUUUUUUGUCUUCUGCAACUAAUUCUGCUUUAAGAGGAGGUUCAUAUCUCUCAGUGGAGAAUCCAAAUGACUUUCUCGUUUCACCAAGGGGAGAUUUCUCUGCCGGUUUUUACCCUGUUGGCGAUAAUGCUUAUUGCUUUGCUUUGUGGUUCAGCAAACCAUCUUGCAAUAACAACUGCACUGUUGUUUGGAUGGCGAACCGUGACUUCCCAGUUAAUGGAAAACGCUCAGAGCUCUUGCUGCUGGAAUCUGGUAACCUUAUCUUAACAGAUGCCGGUGAGGCCACUGCUUGGUCAACGGACACUAUUUCACGAUACCCAGCAGAGUUGCGCCUUCACGAUACUGGUAAUCUUGUUCUGCAGAAUAUUGAGGGUGAUGUUAUAUGGCAAAGCUUUGAUUCACCUACGGAUACCCUUCUUCCUUCGCAACCACUCACUAAAUAUACGGAGCUUGUCGCAUCAAGAAGCCACACUAACUUUUCUAGUGGUUUCUACAAGCUAAUUUUCGAUGAUAAAAAUCUUCUUCGUCUUCUCUAUGAGGGUCCUGAGGUUUCAAGUGUUUACUGGCCAUACCCGUGGUAUAAAGACUGGGAAGGAGGGAGAUCCCCAUACAACAGUAGUAGAAUUGCCUCACUUGAUUCGUUGGGAAAAUUUACUUCAUCUGAUCAUUUUUCUUUUCUAUCAUCGGAUUGGGGGGUGAGCCUCCAGAGAAGACUAACACUCGAUUCUGAUGGUAAUGCUCGACUAUAUAGCCGAGAAGAGGGGAGCGCAAGGUGGGCUGUUUCAUGGCAAGCGAAAUCUCAAGUAUGUGAGAUUCAUGGAAUUUGCGGACCUAAUAGUACAUGCAGCUACAAUCCACUUUCUGGUAGCAAAUGCUCUUGCCUUCCAGGAUAUAAGAUGAAGAAAACUGGUGAUUGGUCUUAUGGCUGUGAACCGAGAUUCAAUCUCUCAUGUAGCAACCAUGCGGAGAUCGGUUUCAUUCAACUCAAGCAUGUUGAAUUUUAUGGCCAUGAUGGCAACUUCUAUUCAAAUGUCAGCUUAGAGACAUGCAAGAAAUUAUGUUUGGAAUCGUGUAAUUGCCAAGGAUUCCAGUACAGGCAUAUUGGCGACACUAUCGUUCCUUAUUGUUACCCUAAGAUGUUAUUAUCAAAUGGGCAAUAUACACCAAGCUUCGGUGGAGAUUUCUAUAUCAAAGUUCCUAAAACAAGCCUAUUCUCGGGUAAUGAGGAAGCUUCAGGAUUAGGAUUAGGUAUAUGCCCCUCCGACCAUGCUAAGCCUUUGUCCUUGUUCAGAGUUUAUGCAGGAAGCCCCGAAAAUGGGACCUUGAAGUUCAUGCUUUUGUUCGCCUAUGGUGUUGGGGGAGUUGAGAUUAUCGUUAUCCUUCUUGCCUGGUGUUUCUUGAAUAAGUCUCAGAAGGACUCCAAUGAAGCUACACAAAACUAUCAUCCUGCAGCAACUGGAUUUAAAAGAUUCACUUAUUCUGAGCUCAAAAAAUCAACCCGGAACUUCAGCCAGGAAAUUGGAAGAGGAGCAGGAGGAAUCGUAUACCAGGGGACGCUUUCUGAUAAUCGAGUUGCAGCAAUCAAACUUCUUAAUGUAGCUAACCAAGGAGAAGCGGAGUUUCUAGCAGAAAUUAGCACCAUUGGGAAGCUUAAUCACAUGAACUUGAUAGAGAUAUGGGGUUACUGUGCAGAAGGGAAUCACAGGCUUUUGGUGUACCAGUACAUGGAGCAUGGUUCCUUGGCGAAAAAUCUCUCUUCAAACGCGCUUGAUUGGCAAAAGCGGUUUGAGAUCGCACUAGGCACUGCAAGAGGACUUGCCUAUCUGCAUGAAGAGUGCUUGGAGUGGGUCCUGCACUGCGACGUAAAACCUCAAAAUAUACUCUUGGACUCAAACUACCAGCCAAAGGUAUCGGAUUUUGGCUUAUCCAAGCUACUAAGCAGAGGUGAUUUAAAUCACUCAAGCUUCUCAAAGAUAAGAGGAACUAGAGGGUAUAUGGCACCUGAGUGGGUUUUUAAUCUGCCCAUCACAUCCAAAGUAGAUGUUUACAGUUAUGGGAUAGUGGUGUUGGAGAUUGUGACUGGAAAAAAUGCAGCAAUAGGAAGUUAUGGCUCACAAACAAGUGGGGAGAUAGAGCACGAAAGAUUGGUGACACUGGUGAGGGACAAGAAGAACAAAGCUAAUGGAGUGACAUCGUGGAUUGAAGAGAUCAUAGACCCUACGUUGGAAGGUAAAUAUGACCAAGCUAAAAUGGAAGCUCUGAUUUCAUUAGCCCUGCAAUGUGUGGAGGAAGACAAAGAUGCCAGACCUACCAUGAGCAGGGUUGUUGAGAUGCUUCUGCACCUUGAAAACGAUAAUUAAUCGGGAUAUUAUUACUGAAUUGUAUUAAUGGUAACUGUUCUGGUUUUAGUGUUUAUUUCUUUUCCCUCCAAGAUCCUAGCCUAACGUGUUCAAAAUUAUUCCAUGCAUUAAAAUCGUUAGUUAUUGUUUUUAGAGUCAAUGAAAAUUAUUUAUUGAUCAAACAAAAAACACUAUAAUGCACUUAGCAGUCAUCUAUUUUUUUUUUCC